AUGGAGAGAAACCAGUCAGGUAUCACUGAAUUCAUCCUCCUGGGUUUGGGGAAUUCUGCUGAGCUGCAGCCUCUGUUUUUCUCACUUUUCCUGGUAAUUUAUCUUGUGACAAUAACUGGGAACCUCUUUAUAAUUGUGCUAGUUGUGGCUGACCCAUGUCUUCACACCCCCAUGUACUUUUUCCUGGGGAAUUUGUCCUGCCUGGAGACAUGCUAUACUUCAAGUAUCUUGCCAAAAUUGUUGACUAAUUUGUUAACUGGAGACAGAACUAUUACUGUGAGUCACUGUCUAGUCCAAUAUUAUUUAUUUGGCUCUUUUGCAGCUGCAGAAACAUAUCUCCUUGCAGCAAUGUCUUGUGACCGCUACCUGGCUAUAUGUAGACCUUUCCUUUAUACUUCCAUUAUGAGCAAGAAACUGUGUUUCCAGCUUAUGGCUGGAGCAUGGCUAAAUGGGCUAAUAACUAAUGGCACCAUGGUAUUCCUGAUCACUCAGCAAAACUUUUGUGGCCCCAAUGUCAUUGACCAUUACUUUUGUGACCUGACUCCACUGGAAAAGCUUUCCUGUAGUGACACAAGCUCACUCAAACUUAUUACUCUCUUGGUAGCCUUCCCUGAUAUUGCCAUACCAUUUAUUAUAACACUCACAUCUUACAUAUCUAUCAUCAUCACCAUCAUAAAAAUCAAAUCCAACAUUGGAAGGAAAAAAGCUUUUUCAAACUGUUCCUCUCAUCUCAUGGUGGUUUGUCUUUUUUAUGGCACAUUAAUCAUUGUCUAUAUGUUUCCAGACACACCCACUUUGAGGCACCUUAAGAAAAUCUUCUCCAUGUUUUACACGGUCUUGACUCCUUUGGCCAAUCCCAUAAUCUACACUUUAAGAAAUAAAGAUGUUCACAAAGCCUUCAGACGGCUUCAUAAUAAAUUGAUAAUUUUUGGAAGAAGUUAUUUGAAAUAA